AGAUUUUCAACUGUCAGUUUUGAAUUGAAAUCACGACGCUCCCCCAAAUUUUGUUUCUCCCAGUGAAAAUAAUUUAUUUUCUCAUUUCCACGAUGGAUUUUAAUAGUUCCAUUACUCCGCUCCAGAAGCUCCUCUACAGAGGCUUUGAGAAUGCCACUGAAAGUGAUCUGAAGUGGCUCAAUGAUGUUGCUGGAGAAUUUCUCAAGUUUUUCCGGGAUCUGCACAAGUUCAUGGUGUUCGACUGUGCUGGAGAGAAAAACAACAAUGUACUGGAAGAGAUAUUCCUGUGUAUUCGUCAGAUUACUGUCUGCAUCAGGAAUCUGGAGAAAGUUCUGACUGUUGAGAAGCAGAAGAAGAUUGUGCUAGCGCCCUCGAGGCAGCAUUUCCUGGACAGAAUUCUUUGGUGUCUAGCCCGUGUCAGGAGUUCUGUGGCCUCAAUCACAGACAAUGUUGCACUCCCGGAUGCCAUUGAAGAUGCGAAUUUUGUUGUAUUUCUGGACAGUGCUUUGGAUCUUUUGGGUCCACUGACAACUUUUCAGGAGGAUUCGGUUAAUGUUGCUGAAAGAAAUGCUGAAGCACAUGUCAGGAGUAAGGAAAUACGAUCGGUUGUUGAUUCCUUGAUCAGUCAGACGCUGGCUUUUGUCAAUGUAGCUCUCGAGAAGGAUAAGAAAGCCUUAACUGCAAAUUGCCAGAGAGUUCUGAAGGAGUGUAUUGCCCUGGAGGAGGAAUGUGCUGCUGAUGCUGGUGAUACUGACCUCAAUCGGCGUUUCAAAGCGGAACUCCUGGAAGUAGCACUGACCCAUCUGGAACAGACUGUCAAUAGCAGCCUUCUGCGUUUAGUUUGUCACGUUUUUGUCGAACUCACUGAGAAACCCGUGGAUACCUUCCGGAAAGCCGUCCGGAAGGCAAAGCAGGAAGAAGAUAAAGAUGCUUUGGAAGCAGAAACUGAGAAAUUUGAUCUGCUCCUGGAUAGAAUACUCCAAAUUGGAAUUCUAGGAAUAGCAUUUUCCACUGAUCAAGUGACAAAAUCCAUUCUCCGGAGUUGCCUAGCAUCUUCUGAAUGCCUGGAUUCUGCUCUGAUUCCAUCAAUUUUCAGCGACUGUGGACAUCAUUCCCGGCUACUUGAGGAACAUUGGAGAGAUGAAAUGAUGAUUUUUCAGAGUGAAAUCCAAGGAAUAAUUGACACUGAUGCCUUUUGCCUCUCAAUCCUUGACACUCUCAGCACCCUUCUCGAGGACUCCACCCAAGCCAGUGAUCCCGUUGCUCUGGAAAAAGCUCUUAAGCAAGUGAAAAUCUUGCAGAAUCAUCUGAAAGUCACCAAGGACACCCUCCAAAUCGAUGGAAAUCCAACUCAAGAGAAGAACUUCUCAGACUUCAACAAAAUGCUCGCUGAAUGUGAUGCAGCUCUGAAGCUAAGAGAAGCCGAAAGUAUCGAAAUGACCAGAAUCACGAAGAGAUUCCGUAUUUUGCUGGCUGUCCUGAAGAGAUUUCAGAAAUCACUGGGAAAUGGAGUCUUUGAAUUUGACGAAGCUAAAGCCGAUCCCAAAGUUUCGGAUCCCAAAAUCACCGAGUCUGUGGACUUUUUCCAGAGUCUGGGAAUUAAUCCGCAUGUCUCUGUGAUUCUGUACAAGACAAAGGCACCAAAGUCAGACUCCCUGGUGGCUCAAUUCUCCAAACUCUCACUGUGCAGGACAAAUCAAUCUGCGAGGCAACCAAUUGGGAGGAACAUGAGUUUGAGGAGAGCCAUGUUUAGGAAGAUCACCGAGAAGAACGUCGAGGAAGCUGAUAAUACGCUCAAUUUGAAUCUCACCAAUAUCCUCGAGGAUCUGACCACUCUUUCGGAUACUUUCACGGAGAAUGAUGAUGAUAUCCAAGAGAUUGACCACAAAAUAAGGAUCAAAGUGAGAAAUUAGCCUUGGGAUUGAGUUUCUGUGGAAAUUUGAGAACAAAGUUCUCAUUCUGACUACAGAAGGACCUUUGUAAUUCAAAGAAAACACAUUAAAAAUAAAACUUUUGUAUGUUA